AGUGGCGGCCAUGACACCUGCGUAUCACAAAGUUGCGAUCAUACCUAUAUAUUUAGCCAUGCUCACUACGUCUUGGUGUCUUAGUGGUUAGAGAAUGGUGAAUAAUACGUUGAUGUAACCGGCGGUCGUUGUAUUACUUGUACAAUUUUUCGAUCGGUAAGAAGUAUUAAGUACCUUCACUAGUUCACUGGUAAUUUUUACCAGUCGGGACUCGGGAUGAUGUCGUUGAGACGAUUUCCGUUUAGUUUAGCAGCGAAUCGGAAGUAGGACUGUUGGAGACCCCAAGACUUUCGAACUGCGGGUACCGAUAUCAAAACUGCAGUUGACAUGGCUACAUCAGAUAAUGAAGAAGACGACUACAUGUCCGACGCUUUCCUCAACAUCGAUCACCCUUGUAUGGAUUUGUUAGAACUGUUAAGGAUGUCCGACCCGGCCUGUUGAUGACUCACGAACAGCAAAGACUCCACAAUCAGAUGAAAAAGAGAAAGGAAUGUCAAUUGAUAAACAAGACCACUGGCUUAAAGGCGUUGGAAGAGCAACAACGUCAGGAAGGACUAGAAAAGGCCAUUGACAGCACCAACAAAGGUUUUUCACUUUUGCAGAAGAUGGGUUAUAAACCCGGAUCAGGAAUUGGCAAAAACAAUUCCGGAAGGGUGGAACCAAUUGGCAUUGUGUUGAAAACCGACCGCAAAGGAUUGGGUAGAGAAGUUGCAUUACGAGAAAUCAGAGAAAUGAAAAAAUUAAUGUUACGCAGUAGACGGUCAGCAGAACCCAGUGUGUGCGAGUAUAGAGAGAGACGGGCUCAGGAAGCUGCUGAAAAAUUAGACCGUUUGGACUUAUUUAGAUGCCAACGAGUAUGCCGCCAAAUGGAUUUAGAACAGGAUAUACAAGAACCAUCAGAAAAGUUCUUUUGGCCUGAGGAAGUUCCUGAAGAUGAUGCAGAUGAACCAGAGGAAGAAGAAUUAAAUAUUAUAUCAUUAAACGAACAAUUGGAAAUUUUAAAUUUUUAUUUGAGGCGCACUUACAAUUAUUGUGUUUAUUGUGGAACAGUAUAUGAAGAUGAGAGUGAUUUGAUGGAAGAAUGUCCUGGUCCCAAUCGACAAGAUCACUAAAAUAAAAUACUGUAGAUAAAUUAUAAUACACAACAAAAAUAUAUAAUAGAAAGUCUUAUAAUUUAUUGAAUGAUUUUUAAUAAUAAAUUUUGUAAUAAAAAAAAUA